AUGGAGCAAAUCAACCAGGAUGCUCACUGCAAGACCUCAGUAAAAGGUCCUCGUGGGCCCCUGUUUCCCCCAGACGCAGCGCCAUGUGUUGUAGGUGGCCCUUCUGCAGAGCAUCAGCCGGUCCCUUUGCCUUGCACAAGUGCCUCCGAGGCCUCCACAGGGGCCCCUUGGGGCCUUGCAGCCUGUUUGUCAGCUGUCAGUCACAUGAAAGGUUCAGAGUGCAGCAGCACUCACUGCACUGCACGGCCUCCUGUGGGAACUCCCUCUUCGUUUCCGACGAUUGAGGGGGCGGCAAGAAGAAGGGGGAUUAGCCCCACUUAUGGACAGCCUUUGUCAGACACCACUGAUUGCGUCUUACAAAAAAGCAGGGAUGAAUGGCCGUCUGCUUCACGUGACCCAGAGGCUCCCUUGGCGGUGCCAGAGGACUUGAAAGGAAUGCAUAUCUUCUCCCUUUGUUCUGGUAAAGUAUUUGGCCGGGAGGAGAGGAAGGGGCGUUUCAACUGCGCGACGCCGCAAAACUCGAAAGAAGAGGUCUCGGGUGCAAUGACUACAGAUAGCUCUCUCUCCGAACUUGCUGGUCACCCUACUCAAAUCGAAGGGUCUCUGAAAAACCUUGCUGGGGUUUCUUCUCAAGCGAAAGGUGGCCUUUGUGGUUUCUCCGACUCCACAAAUAAAUUACAGGAGUCUCAGCCUUCCACAGCGUUGGACGCUGCUGCAGGCGAAGCGCCUUGUGAAAAUCCUCGGGUGUCUUCCAGUGUACUGAGGCCCCCUGGCGAGGGUGCAGGCGGGUCAGAAGGCCCACUCAGUGUGGGGCCCCGUCGUCCAUGUUUGGUGCUGCUGGACCUGGACAACACGCUGAUCCCUACGGGGUGGAUAAUGGGAUGCUGGAGGAAGAUGCAGCUGUAUUUUGGAUUGCAGCAGGCUGUUGCGUGCAUAAGGAAAGGUCUUGAGCAGGCGGAACUGGUGACGGCGUUAAGGGCCUUGUUUGACGACUUGCGGCGAUUGAGAGAGAAGAGGCACACGCAGAUUGUGAUCGUGACGAACGCGGGUCUUAGAACAGUGCAGGAAUUCUACCUCAAGAUGUGCCUGCCAGAGCUGAAGGAACUUUGUGAGAGGGAAAAGGUGUAUAUACACUCAACGGAGCAUUUCGCCAGGAAGGUUGGGCCUAUUCCUCCGAUGACAGAAGAAGAGGCCUUCUGUGAAUUUUAUACAGCCCUAAAGUACCACGAGUUCGACUUCGUCAUUCAGCGCUAUCUAAACGCUCUCCUCUGCCAGGCGCCGAUUCCUUUACAGGGAGCCGUUCAGGAUGAGGAAGCUCGUUCUCCCUGUAGGGCCCCUUCUUGUUGUGUGGGGGCCUCUUGUCAGCUGGAAGGAGGUCCCUCGCAUCUUGCACGACGGCCAGUUGCUCCCUGCUGCAAAAGGGCCCGGCUGUCUGCUCAGCUCGAAUCCACCGCAGCAGCUGCAUCGGCGUCGGAAGACCGCUGCGUUGGUAGUGGGGAGCCUCACGCCAAUUGCUGCGCCUGGUGUAGGUCUGAAAGCAGCACUCAGGCCUCCCUACCUCGCGAGAGUGUUUUGGAGCGAAACCCACGAGAGGGCUUCAGUUGCCGCUCUCCUUGCAAAGCGGAGCCUUUGAGGGGGCAGACGAGGCCUCUGCAGGCGCAGGAGCCAAACGAGGCGUGCUGCUGCUGCAACACAGCCACAGGAGAAACAGUGGAUGUCCCCUGCAAUGCAGCCUUAAGUCUGCGCGACCAGCUGCAGGCCGCUGCUGCUGUGUACGCACAGGGAGAUGGAAACAGAACAGAAAGCAGUCCUGCACCCUCGCCAAGCGAGAGCCCAAGGGGCUUUGAUCCAUUUCCUGUGGACUGGAGGUGCGACCUGGUUAGCGCUGGGGACCAGGUUUGCGAGAUACACGCCGCGUGUCGGGUGGCUAGGCAUUUUGCAGGACAUGUCAAGUUUGCCAAGCUUCUCUUUCUUAGGGACCCAGAAGAUCCUAGGUUCCUUGCUCAAACGCCAAUAAGGUUUACUGCACAACUGAAAGAGCUUCACGCGUCUUUGUUACAUAUAGUUUCGUGUGACGAGGAGACUCUAGACGAGCAGGGCCAUCCCCACUGGAUAAGGCGAGGCUCCUUUUCCCAAGUGACGAUCAUAGCCCCCGAACGGCUAGAAGCACCACCACGUCACUGCUCCGCUGCGCGUGUCAGGCACGCCUUCGAGUACCUGCGAAAGAGGCGCAUCAAGAGCAACAGGGCUGCCACAGCCAACGCAGCACUCCGGCUUAGGCAAGACCUGCCUCUUCGGCAGGCAGGGGGAAGGGGUGGUAGCGGCAAACAGGAUCAGGGAGGGGUCCCUAUACACACAAAUAGGAGAUACAACCUCUCAUGCCCCUUAGAGUGGGAGAGAAAUGCAGUCGCAAAUCCCCCUAGUUCCCGGGCUAUGUGUACGCUUCACGAUGCACGGGGACCUCCCCAUUUCCCUCAAACGCAGAGCGACGCAUCACAGGGCGGGAUUGAACAAUUUGCUGUGGCUUCUGAGAGCAGAAGCCUCUAG